GUUUGCUACGACGUGGGCAAAGUAAAAUGACUUAGAAGGAGGAGCGUAAUGGAUGGACAGAAUAUGAUUAUUCCGACGCAUAUUUUACACAACAGACGUACUUCCAUGGAUUUAGCACGGAUUUGACAAAAGGACUUGCAUAUUUCAGGAUUUAAUCACUGUUUCCUCCCAGACAAGCAGUUCUUUACUGGCUAAACACGACGUUCAAAGUGAACCAUGAAAAAAGACGCCUCAAGCCGCCCGUCAAACGUCCGCUCCUUGACAAUGACGCACCACAGUCGCAACCUUCUCAACUUCUUAAACGAAGAUCGUACCCGCCAGAGGUUCUGCGAUGUGUCCGUGUCGGUGGGCGGGAAUCUCUACGGCGCCCACAAAGCCGUCCUGGCUCACGGGAGCAGUUACUUCCACGCCGAGCUGUCCAAGAACCCCGCCGUCGACCGCGUGACGCUGGACCACGUGGAGGACUCUGUUUUCCAGCACCUGCUCAGUUUACUCUACACGUCCGAGUGCGUCGUCGCCGAGACGGAGCUGCGCGCCGUCACCGAAGCGGCCCGCUUCCUGGACAUGAUGGACGUGGUGAAGCUUCUCUGCGAGGAAGUUCCGAACAACGCCGUCAGCGGGGAUGAAAGCGACUCCCGAAUGACGCCCGAUCAAAGCUCGUUCGAGCAGCCGUCGCGGGUCGAAAGCGCCUCAAAGGAGCAAAGUGCGGAUGAAAACCAGGCGCCGAGUAAAAGCCAGAAGACGCCUGGGGAUAAGGCGGCUACCACGCGGCGGUCCGCUCGAAGUAAGAAACCUCCGAGCAAGUAUCAGAAAGACGAUAACCAAAGCGAGGAAACGCAAACGGGUCAUUCGCCGAGAGAACUGUCUGAAGAACGAUUGGAAGAAGACAACACGGGGAGCGAAUUAGUAGUGGAUGAAACGCCGUGUUUUGUGGCUGAGGAGGAUGGAAAAGCAGCGGUCCCUAGUCCCGUCUACCCAGAAGGUUUGACUCCGGUCAUCAUCCGCGUCGGCGGCAAGAAGAUUCUCAAGUGUCCUAAAUGUGACAAGACCUUCGAUCGAGCAGGGAAGUACGAGAGUCACACCAGAGUGCACACGAAAGAGAAACCCUUCCAGUGCGACGUGUGUUUUCAGCGCUACUCCACAAAGUCCAACUUGACGGUUCACAAGAAGAAGCACGCUAGCAACGCUCCCUUUCAGAUGAAGGAGCACACCUGUCCGUUUUGUAAUAAACUCCACGCUAGCAAGAAAACUUUGGCCAAACACGUCAAGAGGUUCCAUCCAGAACAUCUCCAAGAGUUUCUCAGUAAGAGGAAGAAGAGGAAGAGUGAAGGCUGGAAAUGUUCUAUUUGUCUGAAGUCUUACACACGCAAGCCUCACUUGCAGGAGCACAUGAUCCUGCACACCCAAGCCCGGCCUUUCAAAUGUUCAUUUUGCGACGAGUACUUCAGGUCCAGGUUUGCCAGGCUCAAACACCAAGAAAAGUACCACCUGGGACCUUUUCCUUGCGAGAUCUGCGGCCGAAAUUUUAACGACAGCGGCAACAGGAGACGCCACAUCGAAUGCACCCACGGAGGGAAAAGGAAGUGGACCUGCUUCGUCUGUGGCAAAUCCGUGAGGGAAAGAACAACAUUGCGGGAGCACAUGCGGAUCCACAGUGGCGAGAAGCCUCACCUCUGCGGUCUCUGCGGACAAAGUUUCCGUCACAAGAGCUCUUACAGGCUCCACUUGAGAAUGCAUCGCAACGACAGGCGCUACGAGUGCGACCAAUGCGGCAAGACCUUUGUACGCCAUGAUCACCUGACCAAGCAUCAGAAAACCCACUCUGGUGAAAAAGCACAUCAGUGUGAAGAAUGUGGCAAGUGUUUCCGACGCCAGGAUCACUUAACGGUCCACUACAAAAGCGUUCAUUUGGGAGAGAAAGUGUGGCAGAAAUAUAAAACAGCCACGCAUCAGUGUGAGGUUUGCAAGAAAGAAUUUAAGGGAAAAUCCAGUUUGGAAAUGCACUUUAGGACCCACUCAGGUGAGAAACCCUUCAGUUGUCCCGAGUGCCAACAGACCUUCCGAAUCAAGAAGACCUUGACCAAGCACAUGGUGAUCCACUCGGACCUCCGUCCGUUCAACUGCCAACAGUGCAACGCCACCUUCAAGAGAAAAGACAAGCUCAAGUAUCACGUGGACCACGUGCACAGCGGACGCUUCCUCCAGCAGCCCGCCGACACCCAGACGGCAACGGUGGGCCACGCCGACGUCAGCGCUGAAGGACAGCGGCCCGCUUCCGGCUAUCAGACUUCAGAGCUGGCCUUUUUAGAGAAGUACGCCCUGGCGCCCCAGUCCGCCGACACGGUUCCCCCCGCGAGAGCCGAUCACAUGCUAGACAGCCGAGAGCAGACGUACCUGGGAACGCUGCUGGGUUUGGACUCUACUUCCGCUGUGGAGAACAUCUCAGAGCAAACUCACCGCUGAGAACCAAACGGAAUACGCCAAAGAAAUCCCACAGUCGUUGAGGUCAGUGAGGAGAAAUUUCAAAUCGGAUUCAAAUAGUUGUAUGAUGUUGCCGUCAUUGGCGAUGAAUGAGUUAAUCCUUUAUAAGGCACUCAUUGGCUGCCUAUGCUGUCAAAUUGGCACUAAAAGAAAAGUAUGUUGCACGGUUGGUAGGGGGAGCUAAUUGGUUAACUAUUGAAUGCUAAUGGGGACAUCUUGAGGCCAAUUGGUGGUACUACUAUGGCAUAUAUACAGAUAGUUUCCGGGUUAGCUGGCUAUGCCGCUAUGUAACCCGAAUUCCCGCGGAAGUCGAAAUUAACCCUUUAAGUACCCCAAAAUACCCCCUUAACCUCAAAAUAACUGUCCAAAAACAUGUAUUGUCUGUUACAUUUGUGAGAUAAAGUAAAAAAUAAGGUAUUGUUGUGAGGUACGUUGUGUUAAAUGCUGUUACAGUGUAUGGCAGUAUUUUCAGUUAUUUUGAGGGGAAAAUAAAUUAACUCUAUUAUAUACGCUGCACACAGACUACUUUUUAUUGUGUCUAAGUGUGAGUUUGUCAGUGUUGUCCCAUGAAAAGAUAAGACUAUCUGCAGAAAUGCGAGGAGUGUACUCCCUUUUGUGAUACACUGUAGCUAUUAGGAGUUAUUCAGAUAACUAUAGCAUAAAGAACAUGCUAACAAGUUUACCGAAACAUCAGUGUCACUCCAAAACACCAAAAUUACAUGUGAAAUGAUAUAAUAUGUUAAUAAUUUCACACCUAAGUCGCUCCAGAGUAUAAGUCGCAGCCAAACUAUGAAAAAAAACAUGACUUAUAGUCUGAAAAAUACGGUAAUAGUCAAAUCUUACAUAUGUCAAGCAUUUACUGCACCUCAACAAAAUAUGAAUACAUAAAUCACAAAAAGCACCAAAAUAUUAUUCAUUUCUGUCCAGGUUUUAUUUACUACGAAAUAUUACACUAUUUGUGAUGAUUAUUACAAGGUAUUCGUAAAGAUCUUAAUUAAAACAGCUGUUGUCAGAUGGGUCCUCCGUCUUGACCUGCUAGCACGAACUCUAAUGAAAAAAAGCAGAAGAUUUAAUCAGAAUUAAACGACAACUUUACCUUAUUUUUAUUUAAGUAGUGCUGUAUGAUAUGACGAAUAGGGAUGUGACAAUGUGCAGUGGGGCAAAUAAGUUUUUAGUCAACCACCAAUUGUGCAAGUUCUCCUACUUGAAAAGAUUAGAGAGGCCUGUAAUUGUCAACAUGGGUAAACCUCAACCAUGAGAGACAGAAUGUGUGAGAGAAAAAAAAAUGAAAAUCACAUUGUUUGAUUUUUAAAGAAUUUAUUUCCAAAUUAGAGUGGAAAAUAAGUAUUUGGUCACCUACAAACAAGCAAGAUUUCUGGCUGUCAAAGAGGUCUAACUUCUUCUAACGAGGUCUAACGAGGCUCCACUCGUUACCUGUAUUAAUGGCACCUGUUUUAACUCAUUAUCGGUAUAAAAGACACCUGUCCACAAGCUCAGUCAGUCACACUCCAAACUCCACUAUGGCCAAGACCAAAGAGCUGUCAAAAGACACCAGAGAAAAAAUUGUAGACCUGCACCAGGCUGGGAAGACUGAAUCUGCAAUAUGUAAAACGCUUGGUGUAAAGAAAUCAACUGUGGGAGCAAUUAUUUGAAAACGGAAGACAUACAAGACCACUGAUAAUCUCCCUCGAUCUGGGGCUCCAUGCAAGAUCUCACCCCGUGGCGUCAAAAUGACAACAAGAACAGUGAGCAAAAAUCCCAGAACCACACGGGGGGACCUGGUGAAUGACCUACAGAGAGCUGGGACCACAGUAACAAAGGCUACUUAUCAGUAAAACAAUGCGCCGCUAAGGAUUCAAAUCCUGCACUACCAGACGUGUCACCCUGCUGAAGCCAGUACAGUAUGUGUUAUGGUCAGAUGAAACCAAAAUAGAACUUUUUGGUAGAAACACAGGUUCUCUUGUUUGGAGGAGAAAGAAUACUGAAUUGCAUCCGAAGAACACCAUACCCACUGUGAAGCAUGGGGGUGGAAACAUCAUGCUUUGGGGCUGCUUUUCUGCAAAGGGACCAGCACGACUGGUCAGAGCCAUGUAUCGAGAGAUUUUGAGUGAAAAUCUCCUUCCAUCCGCAAGGGCAUUGAAGAUGAGACGUGGCUGGGUCUUUCAGCAUGACAAUGAUCCCAAACACACUGCCAGGGCAACAAAGGAGUGGCUUCGUAAGAAGCAUUUGAAGGUCCUGGAGUGGCCUAGCCAGUCUCCAGAUCUCAACCCCAUUGAAAAUCUGUGGAGGUCUGUCGCCAUAAAUAGACCUGUUCCUGCAAUGCACAUUCUGGCCAGCCAGUAGCGCACUAACCUGAAACAUUGAUGGGAUUCCAUAUGCCAUAGUAGUGCCACUGAUCGACCUCAUGAGGUCGCCGAAUCGCUUACUACUGCCAACCUUACAUGAAUAAUACAUGCAAGAAAAUAGCAACACAAGCUCUUACUUUAGCGUCAUUGACGCCGCUAGACGUCCAAUUCAUUUUUGACUUAGCGCCGUCAAUGGACCCAAUGAAAAUGAUACUAUGCUAACUUAAUAUACAGUCAAAACUAGUAGAUAUAUUUACAUUUGAGCAAAAAUAUGUAUGCUCCCAUGUUGCUUCUCUUUACACUGUCAUCAUUGUUGUAUCAUUUUUCACCUAUUAAAAAUGUCUUAUACGGUGAUAUUCCUAAAUCACGAUGAACUUUUUUUUUUCAUAUCACACAGCACUAUUUUAGAGUCACUUACAAACUUCCGUUCCCACCAGUUGCAGCCUGAAACAAGCAUACAAACAUGUCAAUCAUAGUUUAGUUGUCUAAUAAACAAAUUAUACUCACAUUUGCCUAAUAUUAUUCUUCCAUUAUUGCACCGCACCACCGAAUAAUGAGUCGUCAGCCAGUGGCCCGGGUUCACACACUCCAGUUCCACCGUCUCGCCAUCGGUUAGGAAUUUCACGCCGUCGAAUUUUAACCUGGGGUGUUGAUCCACGGAACAAUAGGUUGCUGUACGCACAGAGCGAGGCGUUCGUUAGUUUACGCCACGUGCGAAAAAUCGAUGGCUCGUUUUUGACCUUUGCAAGUAGGCGUGGCGGACCACUGGCCGUUAGCGUAGCAGACCACUUUCUCCGGACCGACUCGUUUAUAGAAACUGCCGCAUUGGUAUUUCAAAAACCUGCUGGUCCUUUUCAUGAUCUCGCCAUCAGCGACAACGGGAGUGUCUCCACACCUGUCAACUAAAAGGGGAAAACUAUUGGUGUAGUGUAUGUGUAGUAAUUGCAGAGUGUUUGUUGGGUACGGAAGUGUACAGCUGCCACAUAUUUUAAAAAAAUAAUAAUAAAAUAAAUAAAUCAUCUUUAUUAGGGUUGUUCCGAUCAUGUAUUUUUGCUCCCGAUCCGAUCGUUUUAGUUUGAGUAUCUGCCGAUCCCGAUAUUUCCCGAUCCGAUUGCUUUUUUGUUUUGCUCCCGAUUCAAUUCCAAUCAUUCCCGAUAAUUUUUCCCGAUCAUAUACAUUUUGGCAAUGCAUUAAGAAAAAAAUGAAUAAAACUCGGACGAAUAUAUACAUUCAACAUACAGUACAUACA